AUGUCAGUCAAGAAAGUUGCUGUUCCUAAGGAAAUUGAGGUUACUUUAGGAAAAGGUGUAUCUGGUACGAUAGCUGUCCCUCAUUCUGCUGAGUUAGAUAAUCCUUUUGAAGGUGGACAUGCCCCAUCUACCACGAAAGCAGUAUUACUAUUACAUGGACAGGGUGGACACAGAAAUUAUUGUUAUCAAAAACAUUUGGCUCAUCGAUUGGCAUCAGAACAUGGGAUCUACUCUUUAAGAAUUGACUUCAGAGGGUGUGGAAAUUCGGGAGAGAAUGAAGACCCUCAAAAGGGCCGUACUUUAGACCAAGACAUAGAAGAUAUUCAAGAUUGCGCUGAGUUUUUAACUUGUGGGGAAAAGAACCCUCUUAAAAUAAACUUCACUUUAAGCGCCAUUAUCUCUCAUAGUAGGGGAUCAGUAGCUAUGUUUUUAUGGGCGUUGAAGCAAGAUCUGUUAUUGAAGUCCAAAAACUCAUCGGGAGCCAUUGGAGUACCUAGCUUGGUCAAUACGUCGUGUAGAUAUCGCUCAGAAACAGUCGCGGAUAGAUACCCUAUUAAUGAUGAUUCAUUCGAGUUUUUAACAGCUACGAGUCUCCGUCAUGGAAAGCUCCAGGCUGUUGAUAUUCCAAAACCAGAGUUACAGUCGUUGGCUUUACCUGAUCUCUCGAAACUAGAGCAACUAUCAGCUGAUACUUCGGUAUUGAGUAUCUACGGCUUGAAUGAUCUUAUAAUUCCAAUUGAAGAUAGUGCUUUGAUUGCAAAUGUUUUAAAUAGAGGAAAAUCUUCCCAUGAGUUAAGGCUUAUUCCUAACGCAGAUCAUAAUUUUUACGGAGUGCAUCAGAUCAAUAAUGAACUGGAUGCUGAGGAAUAUAAUCCUAAAAAGUUACCUCUUAAUUCAAAAAAGUUGGUCAAUUAUAAUUACGUCGUUGCUGAUAUAAUCGUGAAAUAUUUGGCGCCCGAAAGAGAAUUGGAGAGGUUUUUGUAUCAAAGUGAAACAAUUGGAAGGCUCACUAGAUGGAAAAAUAUUGAUGGAAUUGCAAACUUUAGAGAUGUUGGGGGCUGGAAGAUUACUUCACCAAGGUUUAAAGAAAAUACGAUCUCUUAUGUUAAGCCCAACAUGAUAUUUCGUUGCGCUAGUGUCUCAAACGUUACUCCACUUGGUUUGCUGCAGUUGAAGGACUUAGGUAUUGCCGCUGUAUUUGACCUUCGUGCAACUAAUGAGUGUGAGAAGUAUGGCGUUCCUAAAGAUUUCGAGAAGUAUGGGAUAAAGAGGAUCCAUGCGCCAGUUUUUCGUGAAGAUCUGUAUUCACCGGAAGAAAUUGCCGUCAGAUAUGCUAAUUUAAUGACUAGUUGGUUCACCUAUGUUCAAGUUUAUGAAGUAAUCUUAGAGUUUGGUACUGACUGCUUCAGGACUGUUUUUGAAUAUAUAAGAGACGAAAAUAAGCCCUUUUUGUUCCACUGCACUGCAGGAAAGGACCGUACUGGGGUUUUAGCAAUGUUGAUAUUAUUACUUUUAGGUGUCGAUAAGCACACAAUUGGAAAGGAAUAUGAACUUACUACGGUAGGUUUAAAGCCAAAUCAUGCAGACAUGAAAGAUGAAUUUAUGAAGACGUUAGAGAAGAUAAAGGGCAAUGCAAAAUCAACUGAAAUUGAACAGAUGAUUUCUCAAGGUAGAGAGGGGUGGUCGCUUGAAAAAGAUGGUUUUGAAAAUUUGAUCAGUUCAAGAUACGAGGCAAUGUUGGCUGCUAUUGAGCUCUUUAAUGAUAAAUAUGGCGGAAUCAUCAACUACAUGAAAGAGCAAUUACAUUUCAGUAUUGAGGACAUCAAAAAAAUAAAUAGCAAUUUGGUUAUCGUUGAUAACUCGGGAUACUUCAGAGAUAACUUUGAUGCCGUAUGGCACCAUAGAGCAAAAAUUUAG